CUGUUGCUUUUUAAGCCAUUUACCAUUUAACCACCACAAUUAUCAGCAUGUUCUUUUCUUAGAUUUUCAAGUACAUUUUUAGCUGAAAUGAAGAAUGACAUUGUUCUUGUGUUUCUUCUUUGACACGAAGAAACACAAGCACAAUUUCUGAUGAUGUUUUUUGUUGACACUAAUGUUGUCCCUCAUAUGUUAAUGACGCCUCAAAAUGUCACCUUUUGCCUCAUGGGAAGCCAUUAAAUAGAAUAAAAACACAACUAUCACUUCAAAUACAAAUACAACACGUGAGUUGUGCAUUAAACAGCCACUGCUUACACACACGCGGCCUCAACCAUCUGUGCUAUGUUCAGCAUCUCAGGAAUGGUUGCACCUAUGUGCUCAAAUGGUGUGAUGCUAAUUAAGAAAAUCCUAGGAAGUGGGGUGGAGUUUCAUGUUCUUGAUUAAUUAGCCGAUUGUCAGAAGAUGACCUAAACAAUCUCCCAUACCCUUAACUGUGCAACGGACACUGUGGCUAUUUCAGCUGUAUCCAACUUAAAUAUAGUUGACUGAUGACACAGCAUUUAGAUCCCAACCUUUUAGUAACCGUCUCAAUAGUGUUCAAAUCCAUCUGUGUUUGCUUCCAAUAUUUCCACCACAUCUGCUUGUGGCCCCACAUCACAGGUCCCAAGCAAUGCUUGAUUAGAAAAAGACCACAUUAACAGAUAAAAAAAAAAAUCAAGACUGAACAAGAUUAUGAACCACACUUUUUUUUUUUCAUAGGGAUCAAUGGCCUGCAGAAUAUUGUGACGGACUGUUGUGACUGUGAUACAUUGUAGAACGUGUUUCUCUCCACACAAAUAGGACACUAAAAUAUUCAAUUCACGAAAAUAAAGUUUGAUUGAACGUUCCACAGACAGAAAUCAACUUCUAGCAUAGACCAUUGGAGACUUACUGGCUGAUAUACAGGUAAAAUAACUAUAUGUGUGAAGCUGAAGUUUACAAUGAGUGUUUUUUAGUCUUUUCCGCUGAUCGACCAAUCUCUGACAGGGGGCGGGGCUUCGCGUCCAGACUGCUGCAGAUUGUGAAUGGCUGCCAACGUGUACCAGACGGCUAAUGGGCUUCUUAAUUGUCACGUUUUUGUGCGCCUGUAAGCCGACUUCAGAUAAGAAACACCGAAGCCCGUCGAAGCCCAUGUUUGACGACUCACGCCGCUCUGAACAUGGUCUUCAUCAGGAUUCAAGACGCCCAGGCUUGUGACGAGGCAGCAGGUGUGGGCGAGAUCUGACGGUUAGUGCGUGGGCCCGUGAGCGUGACUCCGACUCGGAGAUGAGGACGAUUAUUCCUGUGUACGAGGGCGGUGACGGAGGGGAGUCCCGCGGCCUCCGCAGCCGGAUGGGCAGGAUGAAGAAGCUGCUGUGGUUCUGGCAGAGUCCCAGCGGGGACGUCCACAUGGACACGGAGCCUAGCGUGUGGCUGACCAGCUUCCAGGCGUUGGAUGCUGAUGGCCAGUACGAGGAUCCGGUGCAGGAGUGGGGCGAGGAGGUGGAGGACGGGGCUGUGUUUGGGGUCACGCUGCGCAGGGAGCCCGUGCCACCGAGCCCAGACACACCGGAGACUCCGACGGCUUUCAGCUUCGUCCAGUACCACACGGUGAAGGUGCGCAGGCUGAAGGCCGGCACGCUGGAGCGCCUGGUCACCCACCUGCUGGACCCUGAGCACCAGGAGCCCGACUUCACCCGAGUCUUCCUCUGCACCUACAGGACCUUCACCUCCACCUGCACCCUCAUCAAGCUGCUGUUUCAGAGAGAGGAUUUAGUCUUCAACCUGGACAAUACUGUCCACCAACGCAGUACUCUAUUCCCGGUGAUCCAGCUGUUGCUAGAGGAACAUGGUGAAGACUUCCAUGAGCCCCCUCAGUUUCAGGCCCUCCAGCUGUUGUGUACCCACCUGCGACAUCGCCUCUGUUUCAGACGCUUGGCUCACACUGCGGAGAACCUCCUCAAGAGCCUCAAGGAGCGAGAUUGUACCUCGCGGGAGCUCAGAGAUCCAGAGGACAGCACAGACACGUCCAUCAAGGAGGAAGACAAAUGCAACUUCAUGGACUUCGGUGUGAGAGACGUGGCGGAGCAGUUGACCCGGUUGGACGCUGAGCUGUUUGUCCGAGUGAAGCCCUUCCACUGCUUGGGCUGCGUCUGGUCCCAACGCGACAAGAAGGAGAACAGAAAACUGGCGCCCACCGUCCGCGCCACCAUCUCGCAGUUCAACGCGGUCACCAACCGCGUCAUCACCUCGAUCCUCUGCCCGUCCCUUCCCAGCGCUUCCACUGGCUCUCCUGGCUCAUCACCCGGCUCCUCCUCUGCCUCCCUGAGCCCCCCCGCUGCCCCGAUGUCACCGCGCUGCGCUCAGACUAGCCCCGGCCACAGGGCACGCAUCAUCGAGGGCUGGAUCGCUAUUGCUCAGGAGUGCCGGCAGUUGAAGAAUUUCUCCUCUCUGAGGGCCAUCCUUUCAGCGCUUCAGUCCAACUCAGUGUAUCGCCUCAAGAAGACCUGGGCUGCCGUGGGCAGGGAAAGUAUGAACACCUUCGACCACUUGAGUGAGACUUUCCCUAACGAGAACUGUGUGCUGACCAGCAGGGAGAUCCUGGUGGAGGAUGGGGCUCAUCCAGAUGGCAGCGCCACACCGGCCUCAGCGUCCAGACCUAGCUUCAGCAGUGGUGUCGUGCCGUACCUGGGCACCUACCUGACCGUCCUCACCAUGCUGGACAGCGCUCUGACGGACACAGUAGAGGGUGGACUCAUCAACUUCGAGAAGCGCAGACGGGAGUUUGAGAUUCUUGCUCAGAUUUGGCAACUUCAGGCUUCUUCCUCCCACUACAGCCUCCCAGUAAAUCGUCAGAUCACCACCUGGCUGCAAGCACACCCAUUGCUCACAGACCAGGAGAGCUUUGAGCUGUCUCGUGACCUGGAGCCUCCAGUUGAUCCUUGUCCCAGCUCUCCUUACUCAUGGAGCAGUCGUCUGCUGACGAAGAAACCUGCCACGUCUCAAACAGGCAGCACCAACUAUCUGAGGAAAACCCACGCGGACCAGAUCAGUGUGUCAUCUUCUGGCUCCAGCAGUUCAGAGCUGGAGGACCUCGGCGCCCCCCCGCUCUCUCCCCUCAGACUUAAGUCUCUCCAUGAUGUCGCACAGGAUUUCUCCUCCACCUCAUCGUCGUCCUCCUCACCCAUUCUUUCCAGCUCCUCCUGCAGCUCUCCCUACCCGGACCUCUGCUCUCCCUCUGUGGUCUCCAGCCCAGAGUCUUCUUUGUCUGGCUGCUCUUCUCAGGCCGCGCUGCCCCUCUACAACAAACAGGUUGCUGACUCGUGUAUAAUCAGGGUCAGCGUGGAGUCCGUCAGCAACGGAAACGUCUACAAGAGCAUUCUGCUGACCAGUCAGGACCACACACGUCAGGUGAUCGACAGGGCUCUUGAAAAACACAACAUGGAGGAUUUAAGCAGCCAUAAUUUCAACCUUUGCCAGAUGCUCAACAAUGGAAAAGACCUUCAGAUCCCCGACAAGGCCAACGUAUUCUAUGCCAUGUGCACCUCGGCGAACUAUGACUUUGUGCUGCGUCGGCGCUGGAGAAGCCACGGGAGACGCCUGUGCGCCUCCUCCAGUCCCGGCGCUCAACCAACCAAGAGCCAUUACACCAAGUGACCAAGUGACGAGCAUCGGUCCUGGCAGAGCGUGAGGAGCUAGCUGCUCAUCUGCAAAGAACCUCAACAACGGCUGUUUGUAUCUAUCGCCACGCGGCUGACAUGGGCAACUCUGAAAUGGAGACCCACGGGCUCACGAUGCUGACGGAUAAUCCUGAGAACUGGACUGUUUAAAGAGGAAUGCGGGAUCAGCUGAAUGUCCAGGUACACGGGGGUGAGUCACCAAGACGGACCCGAGAAAGACAAAAGGGGCUCAACCUUAAACGUCAACGUCUGGAUAAAGUAACCAACGUCACUCAGGACAAGCAGGAUGAGGAUGGAAACGUUCACGUGUUGUUAAUCUACUUGGAAAAUGUCGUUUUCGCACAGCAGACAUGGAACUUUUUCUUCAGCCCGUGUGACUAAAGCAGAGCGACUAAGCGGACAUUGUGCCGGCUGUUAGUUCAUGAGUCAACAUUUCAACGAAGAGCAACGUGACACCCUUCCAUCAAACGGUGUUGGACAAGUUUGGACUUUUUACACUGGUUUCCAUUUGUCUGUAAAAAGCAUUCAUUUGGAUUCUAGUUAAGGAUUUAAAAGUUUUAUUGUGACUUCAUGUAAUUUUACCAGCUUAGAUAAUUAAGUACAUUUCAGUAUUCAGUAGUAAAUGUGUUUUGACUUUUUGUUUGUUUUGUGUCUCCAAUGCUGAACUACAAAGUGUACUCUUUUUUUUUUUUUUUUUUUUUUUUUUU